AUGAACGCCCUACGAUGCUUCAGACCUAUCACUGCUCGGGUUCCCUUCCAAGCUCUAACCCUUCCCCGACUGGCUCGCGCAUACAGCUCGAAGACCUAUGAGUUUAUCCAGGUUUCGCAGCCAAAGCCUGGUGUUAGCCAAGUGACCUUGAACCGACCCAAGGCUCUCAAUGCUCUGUGCACCCCGCUUAUCAAGGAGCUCAACGAAGCUCUGGUCGAGCUCAAUGGCUCAGAUGAGACUUCAGUCAUCAUCCUGACUGGAUCCCAGAAGGCCUUCGCCGCUGGUGCUGAUAUCAAGGAGAUGGCCCCGCUCACCUUUGCCGACGCCUACACCAACUCCUUCAUUGAGUCGUGGUCAAACCUCACUACUCAGAUCAAGAAGCCCAUUGUUGCUGCCGUCUCUGGCCACGCCCUUGGUGGUGGUUGCGAGCUGGCCAUGAUGUGCGAUCUCAUCUACUGCACUGAGAAUGCCAACUUUGGCCAACCCGAGAUCAAGCUUGGCACUGUCCCCGGUGCCGGUGGCAGCCAGCGACUGACCCGGGCCAUUGGCAAGUCCAAGGCGAUGGAGCUCAUCCUUACGGGCAAGUCAUUCUCAGGUGUGGAGGCCGAAAAGUGGGGUGUCGCCGCGAGGACGUUCCCUACCUACGAGGCCCUGAUGGAGGAGACGCUGAAGCUGGCCGAGGCGAUUGCCGGACACUCGAGGGUUGCCAUCAUCGCGGCCAAGGAGGUGGUUAACAAGAGUCAGGACCUGCCGCUGCGGGACGGCGUUGAGUAUGAGAGGCGGGUGUUCCACAGCCUGUUCGGCAGCCAGGACCAGAAGAUUGGUAUGAAGGCAUUUGCAGAGAAGAAGAAGGCGGAGUGGUCUCACUCGUAG